AUGCUGUGUGGCGAGUGCCCGGAUGGUUGGGCCAGAGAUGACUAUCCUGAACUGUGCUCCCGAUGCCCUGAUGAUCCUGUCAGUGCCGUGACGAUGGGAGUUCUCAACGACGUCUUCACCAAGACGGUCCUGAACUUCGCAGUAGCGGUGAUGGCGGCAACGGCGGCUGUCAAGGGAGGAACCAAGCUGCACACGAGCAUGAUCCGUGUUGGGACCCAGUGGCUGGCAGCAUGCUCUGUGCUGACGCAGUUCGACCUUGGAUCAGUUGGUGGGUUUGGCUGGUCCGAGAAGCAGAAGGAGCUGGAGCAGCUGCAAGAGUGUGCAGCGGCGAACAUCACGGUUGCAGACUGUGAACUCGGCUCACAGGGCCUGGAGUUUCCCUGGCCGGAAGAAGUGACGCAAGCAAUGGACGGUGUUUUCGAGCUCAUGAAGAUUAU